AUGCGGGAAAUAGCUACUCAGCAGUGUGGUAAUCGAUCAAUGGCGCUAUCAGCUCCUCCCAGUCAGGAACAGCCGUCGGGGAAGCAAUUCGGCUACCAGCUCGCUGCUGCUGUGAGGAGCAUCAACUGGACGUAUGCCAUAUUUUGGUCCAUUUCCGCCAGCCCGCGCCCACGCCACUCCUCAGUUCUGGCGUGGAAGGAUGGGUUCUACAACGGCGAGAUAAAGACAAGAAAGAUUGCCGGCUCGACCACUACGGAAGUUGCUCUUACAGCGGACGAGCGCGUCAUGCACAGAAGCAAGCAACUGAGGGAGCUCCACGAAUCGCUCUUGCCCGGCAACUCCAACAAUCGGGCAAGGCGACCUGCCGCCUCACUGUCACCGGAGGAUCUCGGGGACGGCGAGUGGUAUUACACCAUAAGCAUGACUUACACCUUUCACCCUAAUCAAGGGUUGCCAGGCAAAAGCUUUGCGAGCAAUCAACAUGUUUGGCUGUACAACGCUCAGAACGCAAACACCAGAGUUUUCCCCCGCGCGCUCUUAGCAAAGACAAUCGUUUGCAUUCCCUUAAUGGGCGGUGUGCUGGAGCUCGGAACGUCGGAUCAGGUUUUGGAGGACCCCGGCAUGGUGAAGCGGAUCAGCACGUCUUUCUGGGAGCUGCACUUGCCAUCAUCCUUGGAGUCGAAGGAUGCGAGCUCCAGCACAUCAGCAAACGAUACCAGGGAGGCCACCGACAUCAUCUUGUUCGAGGACUUUGACCACAACGACACAGUUGAGGGGGUCACCUCUGAGCAAAGGGAGGUCCAGUGCCUGUCCAACGUCAAUCUGGAGCGCCUCACAAAGCAGAUGGACGAGUUCCACAUCCUUCUCGGUGGACUGGACGUGCAUCCUCUCGAAGACAGAUGGAUCAUGGACGAGCCCUUUGAGUUUACGUUUUCCCCGGAACUGGCGUCGGCUAUGGAUAUGCCGAGCACCGACGAUGUCAUCGUCACUUUAAGUAGGUCUGAAGGCUCUCGUCCAUCCUGCUUCACGGCGUGGAAGGGAUCAUCCGAGUUGAAAUACGUGCCUGGCCAGGUCGUUGGGGAGUCACAGAAGUUGCUGACUAAAGUUGUGGCUGGUGGUGCAUGGGCGAGCAAUUAUGGCGGUCGCACCACGGUGAGAGCUCAGGAAAUUAACAACAACACCCAUGUCAUGACAGAGAGAAGACGCCGGGAGAAACUCAACGAGAUGUUCCUGGUUCUCAAGUCACUAGUCCCGUCCGUUCACAAGGUGGACAAAGCAUCCAUCCUCACAGAAACGAUAGGUUAUCUUAGAGAACUGAAGCAAAGGGUAGAUCAGCUAGAAUCCAGCCGGUCACCGUCUCACCCAAAAGAAACCACAGGACCGAGCAAAAGCCAUGUCGCCGGCGCUAGGAAGAAGAUAGUCUCGGCCGGAUCCAAGAGGAAGGCGCCAGGGUUGGAGAGCCCGAGCAAUGUCGCGAACGUGACGAUGCUGGACAAGGUGGUGCUAUUGGAGGUGCAGUGCCCGUGGAAGGAGCUGCUGAUGACACAAGUGUUUGACGCCAUCAAGAGCCUCUGUCUGGACGUUGUCUCCGUGCAGGCUUCCACAUCGGGUGGCCGUCUUGACCUCAAGAUACGAGCUAAUCAGCAGCUUGCGGCCGGUUCUGCUAUCGUGGCACCUGGGGCAAUCACUGAAGCGCUUCAGAAAGCUAUAUAG